AUUUGUUUUAUUGGAGUAAGGUAAAAUUUGAGCCAAGAUGGCGGCAACAGUGCGCCAGUGCGCAGCUGUUCCUCAUUGGUAAGGGGGCGGGUCUUUAGAUGCAGGCUCGCUCAGCUGAUCGCCCUCCACAUCUCAUCUAUUUUUUUUCCUGUAGUUGUUUUUUUGCAGAGGGAGCUGCUUUGCAGAGAUUGUGGGCUGCUGUGGAGGGCUUUCUCUUGUCUGUGUAUUUUUUAUACUUAGAUGUACACCUCAGUUGUUUUAUUUCUCAAGUUCAUGUGUUUAGAGCUAGCUUGUUAGUUAGUUAGCUCGGUUAGUUAUUCUUUUAUCUGAGUGAGCUCCCAGGUAUAGCAAGUUUGAGGUGUAUCUCUUUGGUAAUUCGAAUAUAGUCUAUAUGUCAAAAGUUUGGGCCGUUCACUACUUUGAAUUGAUAAGCCCUGGUAGUGUUCUUAUCUCGGCAUCGGUACAGUUAUAUUCGCUAUGUUGUUACAAGAAAAUCAGGUCAGCGUCAGUGUUUUCACGUCUGUAACGGACUCAUCUGAAGAACCGAUCCGAGCUGCGGUUCCCCCCUCGGUGGAGCUAGGACUCACCGUUGUCUAUACUGUUCUGUACUCGCUGCUCUUUGUAUUUGUUUAUCUGCAACUUUGGCUCAUUUUGCACUAUGGACACAAGCGCUUCAGCUACCAGAGCGUCUUUCUUUUUCUCUGUUUGCUGUGGGCAGCGCUGAGGACUACGUUAUUUUCUUUUUACUUCAAGAACGUUGUUCAAGCGAACCAGUUGCAGCCUUUACCUUUUUGGCUUUUGUAUUGUUUUCCCGUAUGCCUGCAGUUCUUCACGUUGUGUCUCCUAAACCUUUAUUUUGCACAGGUGAUGUUCAAAGCGAAAGCAAAGUAUUCACCGGAACUCAACAAAUACAAGGUCCCCCUACGUCUGGGGUUCCUGCUGGCGAGCAUCUUCUUCCUGGUGGUGAACGUGACCUGUGCGUUCCUGGUGAAGGAGGGCACGGCCGAGCGCGAAGAGAGGGACGCUGUGCUCGCCCGCGUGCUCAUAAACGACAGCCUCUUUGUGCUCUGUGCCAUCUCGCUCGCCGUCUGCAUCUUCAAGAUCGCCAAGAUGUCCUCCGCCAACGUCUACCUGGAGUCCAAGGGCACGUCAGUAUGCCAGUCCACAGUCAUUGGUGCGGCUGUAAUCCUGCUCUACACAUCCCGGGCCUGCUACAACCUGGUGGUGGUGGCCUUGUCGCCAGAGGACCGGCCCAGCCCCUUCAACUACGGCUGGUACAACGUCUCCGAUCAGGCGGACGUGGAUAAGAUCAGUGGCGAGGCAUACAUCAUCUUCGGCGUGAUCCUGUUCUUCUGGGAGCUGCUUCCCACUACCCUGGUGGUGGUCUUCUUCAGGGUGCAGCGACCCAAUCAGAACCUGGCUCCCGGUGGGAUGAUCAGCAGUCACAGCUUCAGCUCCAGGGCGUAUUUUUUGACAACCCCGCGGCGGUUGACAGCGAUGACGACCUGCGCGAAGCAUCAGCUCUAAUCGAGAGAGAGGCAGCAUCCUGUCGACUUACGCCACAGGCCUCGUCCAGCUGGUAUGGCUCCAUCCAGAGGCACAGCAGCCUGACAGGGCCCCCCCACCUCAUCAGUGGCCCCCUCGCCACCACUGCCCCCCUGCCUCCUCGCCUACGGGAACAUCCAGACCAACCAGCACCACAACUACUACUCCACCCCCCAGAACUGAGCCAACGCCCCAGCACGCCCCAGUAAAGCACUAUUCAGCGCUCCCUAGAGUCAAUGCUUACAGAACCACCCUCCAUGCUCUUGUAACGAUCCCUGAAGACCCGCUCCAAUCAGCUUGUCCAGUGGGACCACUUGAUUUCAAAGUGAGUUUUUCCCUGGACAUACAUCUCUUCCCCCAAACCAUGUCAGUGUUUCCUGCAUAUAGGCUUUAUGGGGGGGUGGCAGGCUGCACAAGUACACAGUAUCAAAUGUGAUUUUUUUAGUUUUGUUGUUGUUUUGUUUUAUGGAGCCUCCUGUACACAUUAAUGCGUCAGGUAUAUUCCAGACCAGUGGUGAUAUUCUCCUCUCACUUCUUGCCAGCGGUGUGCAGCAGGCAUGCUAGCCGACACUGGCCGUUACAGACAGACAUGUAACUGUAGGUCUGUGCGGACUAGAGUGUCUGAUCUGUGGGUCCAUAUGUGGGGUAGGUACGUGGUGAAUGGGGCAGGAUUCUGAGCACUGGUUCAUAUUCCUCUCCAUCCCUUUCUGUCUGUGUGGACAUUCAAGGAUGACAUCAUUCCCGAGAAGUGGCGGUACAGUGAAAGAGGAAACGAGUGAACCGUUUUUUUUUUUUUUUUUUCCUUGUUGUUGUGAUGGAGCAACUUGGCCCUAUUCCCCACAGCCUCUUCACCCAUCGCCCCAUCACCCUUAUCCGGCAAAUCCCCAAAGAGGAGAUUCACCCCUGAAACCACCCUCGUGGCCCUGGCCCCGGACCAGCGAGCCGUAUCUGUUCCAGGAAUCCCUGUGAACACAGACUCCCCUCUGUGAGCUGGGAGUCAACUAUUUGCACUUUGGAAGAAAGAAAGAAAGAAAGAAAGGAAGAGAGAGAGAGAGAGAGAGAGAGAGAGAGAGAGAGAGAGAGAGAAACAAGCCCAUAGUUCUCAUUGUAACAAAUUUGCAGAGACCUGAAUGUAGUUGUUGAUCUCAGAUUUGUCUGGCUCUGGUGUGUGCUGUCCAGCAAGACUCUGGUCUCCUCUGGACACAGAAGCAGCAAACAGCGCCCCUGGGAUUGGGACUGGCUGCGGCACUGAGAAAUAGGAAGAGGAAAAAAAAGAGACCAUUUUGAAUAUUUGUGUAGGUUAACCUUUUCUCGUUUGUUUUAAACCCUUGGAAAGGUGGGAACCUUUUUUUGUCUUUUGCCAUUAGAGCGCCAAAGUUUGACCAAGGAGCCCUCGUCCUGAGUGUUGUUUCCCAGAAGAAUACCAGCACUAGGGGGCUUGCUCCCUAUCCUCCUCCAUGAGGUAGGGGGCAGUGUGGAGGUGGAGACCAUCUCUAAUUCGUAGCGGGAUGUCUCACCUCAUAAUGAAUGUUUCUGGGUAGUACUGUGAGAUGGACAUGUGUUGGUUCUGACCAGGGUCUACUGGUCCAGUCUUUGGUACUCUUUUUCCAAAAGCCUCCUGUCGACGGCUAUACAGAUGGUACCAUAACGGAGAUAUACCAUAUAUGUAUGAAUAUAAUAUAUCUGUUAAAUCCUCUACAGUAGCGGUCUAAUGUUGAAUGUUGUGGGCAUCAAGCUUAUUUACCAGGGACACCGCUUAAGAAAAUGUGCCAUCACAUACUUCUGAAUAUAAAAAAGAAAAAUCACCCCCAAAAAAGCUCUGUAGAUAAAUCUCAAAUGACCUGUAGAUGUUGUUUCAUUCCUGGGUGAGAUGGGUCCAUCUCAGUCAAAAAGCAAUCUUGACCUGGCAGUAAAUAUGCACUUUCACCGUCAGUUUGUCCUUGUUAGGAGUGGAAAGGUGUGAUUUUUGGAGUGUUAGAGAAAGGAUGAAGGAGAGAGAGAGAGAGAGAGAGAGAGAGAGAGAGAGAGAGAGAGAGAGAGAGAGAGAGAGAG